GGCCGGGUGAUUUGUUAAACGUUUUUAUCUAGUUGUUCGUUAAUUGUUUUAUGAUUCUCGCAUCGAUCCUCACACCAUGGCCAUUGUAAUCAAUCACGUGGCGUUGGAAAAACUGCUUCACGAGAUUCAGGAAAUCCGUGUGCGCGCUUUGCACGAUAUCGAGAACAAGCUGAAACGGGCUCUGUGGGAGAAUGUGGAGCUGUGCUUCAACGGAGCGGCGCUGUUCAAGAACCUUAUCCGCUGGUUUGGCCAGAAUCCGAUCUGCGAGGAGGUCACGGUGCUGGAGUUGAUGUCGUUGCUGUUGACGAGCAAAUAUGGAGCGGAGAUUGUGCAGUACUUUAGUGCAGAUCGGAUCUUGAAGGAACUGAACAAAAUCCGUUGCCUCAUCGAGGACAGCGUGGAGCACGAUGAGCUGUUGCAGCAGCUUAUGAAGCAAGUGCGCGACAUGAAGACAACGGAUCAGACGAAAACAGUGGGCAGCGUCAAGAGUGUCGAUCUGACCGAGGUGACCAACAGUUUGGGUAGCUUAAAGCUCGAACGCAGCGUUGAUCGAGUUUCGGACAACACCGGGAUCGUGCGCUCGGAAAAGGAUUCAACUUUCUAUGUGGCUUGCUGGGAAGUGCCAGCACCGAACGUGGCCAGUGUAUUGCAGUGCUUCAACGAUUCAUUGCGCCCCGACGUGGACGAACUGAACCUACAGCAUGCCCUUAGUUUCCUCGCUCCCUACAUCCAGGACUAUCCCCCGGAAUUCUUUCUGCAGCCACCGUACAUCUUCCUGUCGCUGUUGCGGUUGGUGUACGCGCGCAAGGUACCGGUCCGGAAGACGCUAGCGAUGCUGUUAAAGUUACUCAUUUCGCUUGAAAAACGUAUCGGUGAGAAGAAGCUCAGCGUAAUGCACAUCCCUAGCGAGGAUGAUGAUCGCGACCAGCAUGUGACCGUUCGACGGAAAGUGCAGAUUUCGGUGAGCGGUUGUGUGUACGAGUUGUUUCAGCUUUGCCUCGAAUUGUCUAAGGAGCUGUCGACCGAUCUGGACAUGGGUUCUUCGAACAUGGUCUUCCUGGUCGUGUUCCAACUGACGGCUUUGGUUGGACAGGAUGAAUCCUUCCCAGCGCACCGAUACGUCGAGCUACGGCGUGAGAUGGGCUACCUGAUCAAGCACUAUCGGCAGGAGUGGGAAUCGAACAUGUCCUCUGUGACGGCCAGGAUUCGCUAUCUGAUCAGUCUUCAGAAUCUGCUGAAUUUCGUGUACGCCGAAAAGGACCAACACGGAGAAGAGGAUCCACCAGUAACCACCCUCGAACAUGGAGAAAGACACCCGGCGAACCAGUACAACCCGGCUGAUUAUGCGAUAACACUCAAUUCCACCGGCCACCGUCAAGUGCUGGAUGAGCUGGAUGGUGUGUGGAUGAAUGAGCUACAUCUGGCACAGCUCGAUUACUCGCUCCAGUUUGCCUGCGAAGACAUGUACACCCGUCUAUGGGUCCCUGCCUUUGUAGAAAGGAGUCCAAUCGUCUGCACACUCGCUUCGGUACGGGAAGAGCUCGAACCUGCCGUACAGUUGCUCCGCAAUGGUAUUACCGCCUUUGAAGGAGACGAAGCGGAGCUGCUGGGACUAGCUCAGGAAGCGAUUGGUACGCUGCAUCUGCACCGAUCGAUGGAGCUUGUGCGAAUGAUCAUGAAAACGGUUGGCAAUUGCGCACGAUCGAUGUCCGAGGAUGAACCGGUGCGAGAGAUGAUGGAAUCCAUAACACUUCGUCUGCUCGCACAUGGUGAUGAAGAGAUACGAUGUGAGGCUUACGAGCUGUGUACGGGAAUGAUGAAGGAUUUCAUCGGACAACUGGACGAAGGUGCGAUCCUUACACGGCGUAGUCUUUUUUCGAAGACGGCGCCGAAGCUACGUUCGCUUGGUAUUCCCCUUUCAUUGGAGAUCCUUACCGAGAUCACCUGCUUCGGGUUUCCUAGUGCCAACGCUCGAAUCCAUCGAUGUGCCGAAACAAUGCUGCUGUUUCUGUGUAAUUCACGUGCUUUUCUGCACGAUAAAUGGACGGAUGUGCAAGAAAUUUUGCUACCGAUGGCACCACUACUGCAGCUCGCUACGAUCGGAGCGCACGAGACGACACUGCGCAAAGCCGUGAUGGGGCUGUUUCAUCCGGACUGUGAACUACCACUGCUCGACGUGCUGCAGGGUAAUCUCCGAAUGCUGUACCACGAGGACGGUAGCGUACGGGAGGAAGCGUUAACGCGGGUAUUGUUUCUGCUCAGUUCAACCGGAAGGGCCGGCCGUUUCAUGCCACGAAUUGAGGACAUUACCGACACCAUACCGAAUGGGUUGUGUUUGUUGAAGCUACGGUACGAUCCGGCUAAACAUUUGUCCACUGACGUGUACGAGGUGAGCGCUGUUCGGCCACUGCUCGAUACACUAGAGCAGGAGGACGGUGAUCCUGGUCUGCGCCGCAGUGCUCUGGUACAGCUGAACGUGAUGGCUGAGGAUCCGCUGUUGUGUGAGCUGAUUCAUAACGCAUCCGGCUGGCCGUUAGUUCUGAAGGCACUCUAUAAUGCACUGCAGCAGGACCACCUGCUCGACUAUCCGGAUGCGGCCAUUCCGGCCGUGGGCAUACUGACAAAGCUUUGCUUCACCGUCACCAGCUUUCGACGCUUUCUCGGUACGAACGAGACGGCGUACGAGCUGAUCGUACGAUCACUGCUAGCUUUUCACCACAUGCCAGUCUUCCGGGUGGAGUGCUGUGCGCUGCUCUACCUCAUGCUGUUUGCCGAUUGUUCGCUGGGAGGAGGACGUACCAUCUCACUGCCCCGCCUGUGCGAAACCAGCUCCUUCCGUAUUCCGUUCGUGUGCGAGUAUCACUGGCGCAACAGCCCCUUCCGGCGGAUAAGCCCUCUAGAGGAACUCGUUCUUGGAGGAAACGCGAAGCAACAAGAGCCACGAUCAAGUGCACCGGAAAGUGAGAGCAUCUUGCACUUACGACACAACAUUCUGUCUCUAUCAACCGUCGAACCGGCUCAGCGAGAAUCGAUCCUACGAUUGAUACGCUUCACCUUUGCCGAUCUGUGGUUCGAUGGUUCGAUCGCUAAGCUGCUGCAGCAUGCGUCAUCCGAUCGACGAUCGUCGACGAAAGGCCCACAAGAGCAAGACGAUAACCUUGCCCCGAUCGUCUAUCGCUGUGAAAACUCAACCACGAACGGCAGCAGCGCGCAGGCCCUUCGCUUCGCUAGCUCCCUCCGUCUUACCAAGCAGGACCUGCAGGUGUUGAAGAUCAGCAACUUUGCUACUCGAUUCCGCUGGAGUCUGCGUAAUUUGGCGGGAGCCAAAUCACACUCGGAGGUGUUUGGUGCUCUAGCAGCGUUCGAAAGUAAUCUAAUGCUCCCAUUACCGGCUGACCGUUGCCCAACGGAACUGUUGAUCAAAGCGUUGAAACGAUUCCUGCUUACGCCACCCUGUACCCGAACCGAUCAACAGUUGCUGGUCGAGGUGAUCAGUAUGGUGGGCGAUUUGAUACAGCUGCGCAAUCAGCAGAUCCUCGAUUGGGUGCUGGAGCUGCUAGCCAACGAUGGAAACGUGUUUUUCCACGUCCUUCGCUCGGAGAGCUCCAUCGACGAGCUGUUUGGUAACGUGACGGAUCUGCUGCGCCUCGUUCUACUUAUGGUCGAGUGGCCAGGUGAGGAGAAAAAGACGGCGAAGGAUGAUGCUUCCGGUUUCAACUGGAUCGUUGUGCUGUUUGGUAUCGUAACCCAACAGCUCGACACGGGGCUGCAUAAGUGUGAGCUAUCGCGACUCAUUCCACUGAUGAAACUGUUGCGCGUGCUGGUUGAACGGUCCGAUCCGGAAAGUUUCUCGGCGUCAGAGUUGAUCGUAAAGCUGCUCCUAUACAUCAGGCACAUACGCUCGACCAGCUACACCGGAUCGACUAUCGUGCGGCUGUGCCUGAUCGCGAUAGCGAAUCUGCUCGAACAUCAGCGUCCAACUACGGAGGCAGUGAGGAUCGAGUGGAAAGCAUCGCAGCUCAAGACGCUCUCCACGCAGUGUGGUCACAGCAGUGCACUGGUACGGUCCUGUGCCUGGAAUGUGCUAGCGAAGAUUAGCAGCACACUCGAAGGAGCUAGCGCGAUCGUGAAAGAGUGUGCGUACCUACCGGGGGGAUUACACGCGAGCUGUCUAAGCACGUUGCUUGAUGCUCAUGAGGCAGCGCUGGUAAAAGAAUCAGCAGCUGGACUACUGGUUUGCCUGUUUUCGCACCGCGUUGGCAAAGAUGGGCCACUGUAUCUGGCCGUGCAACCGGUGGAUCUGCGAGCUAAAACCGAGCUCGAACCACAGGAUCCACUACAAACGGUGCUGAAGUUACUGGCGAAGCAACGGUUCUUCGAGGAUUCCGUGCGCUCGUUGGAUCACUUUACUGCGCGCGACAUGAUGGACACGUUCGGUGAGUGUGAUGCCAUUACGCUCAUCACGCCCGAGGUGGUCAAGGGUUACGCCAUGAUCUAUCGAUCACUGGUUGAACUGAACGCUGCCGGCUUUGUGUCGAUAUUGCGGGAAAAAGGCUGCCUGCAGGGAUUAAUCGAUUGCGUGUCGAAGGUUCCACUGAAACCGACGCGAGCUGCAUUACUGAUGGUGGCCGAAGUUUGUGCCCUGCUGGUGCAAUCUAUGGAGGAUGCGCAUGAACGACUCGCCAUUGAAGAGCUGCUAAAAUUGAAUCAGGCGUUCGUUGGCGGCAUAACCUAUCUGCUGGAUCCUGCUGUGUAUGAUGCGUUGGAUGAAGGGACGGAAAUCGUGAUGCAGCGUACGACGGGUAGCAUCAUGCGCAUUCUGUGCACGCUGGCCGGUUCGCAGCUCAUCAACUGUGUGCUCGCUCAGCUGGAUGUGAAACCCAUCGUACGGUUGAUCGAGACUGGCAUCAGAAGCAAACAAUCGGCCUACCAGUUGACGUGCCUCAAAUUUGUUCUACAAAUGGUGCUCUCGUCCGAAACGGGUGCAUCAUCGGCAUCCGAAUUUCCUUCCUUCUUGGCGCACCUGGAAUCCAUCGACAUGCUGCAGCAGAGCACCGUCCUAGGGUGCACAUCCGCGUGGAACAAAGACAAGCUACCGAUCGACGAAGACUCCGAGGAAGAUGAUAUGGAGAACUUGAAUCCCAAUCGACGUUCAACGUCAACGAAAGAUGUCGUCAAGGGGUCCGUGGCUGACACCAAUACCGGUGUAAUAGCCGCCAACAGUGGCACGGGUCUCAUAUUUGUCGCUCUGCUCCAACAGUUCCAUCGGGUAAACUCCCGCGACUUGCCGGGUAUGAACGUUACUCUGGCGAGUACGGUGGAGAAGCGAACACUUUUUUCGACCAUUCAAACAUUGCUACGCCUUUCGGGACACUGUCGGCGUGUUGCUUGGGAUCAUCGGCUGCUAAUGUCCGUAAUUGAGCGCUUUAAUGCGAUCCACGAGGGAUUGCUUGGGCGGUUGAGCUAUCCCGAGUUUGUUCGGCGUAAUAGUGAAGCUAAGAAGCUUCCCGUGGUGGAGGAACUGUCUGGGUUGAUAAGUUUACUAUCAGCCUGGUUCAGCAGUGCGUCCGAUGUGCUGUUACUGCAACGCGAUCAGAUCGACCCAUUGUGUCGCAUCGUGUUGCAGUACUGGCCCUGGCUCAGUCACAACCACGAGCUGGAGAUCGAUUUUAUGCGAGCCCUAGCCUUUCUCACCGAGAGCUCGAUCGUCGUCUGCAAGUCACUGGUGGCUACAUUCAGUGGGUAUCCGCACAGUAUACUAAAGCUGCUGAUCGCGACGGUAACCAGUGAAACGGGGCGCGUAAAGGGACCGAAGGGUGAUCUCCGGUUGCUCGGGGUCGUCCUACGCGUUCUUGGUAACUGCUGCAGCUGCCAGGAGGGCCGUAGCACGAUCGGAAAACUGAACGUUAUCGACAACAUCAGCAAGCUGCAUCCGAGCGUGACGAAGCUCCAGAAACCGUGGGUUGAGGUAACCCGUCUAUGGCUCGAAUUCUGGGAGAUCUACACGCGCUACAGUGACGUGAACGAAGUGCGGCAUCUAACGGUUCUAGGAGCCCUGUUCCGUAAAGGGAACGCCGAGCUGCGUCUUCUCUCCCUCGCCAUCCUACGCAAUCUGUCGUUCGUGGCGGCAAACCGCGUUGCGCUACUAUCCUCGUCCGAUUGCAUGUUCAUGCUGCAAUCCUCCCUCCAGCAAACGAAUCAGGAUAAACAGUUGAUCGCAGCGGUUACGAUAUGGAAAUUGAUCGCCAACAAUCACAAAGGACGGGCGGCGGUCAAGAGCAGUCCGCUGGUGCGCAUGACCGUAGCGCUCUCGAAGCAUUACGCUUUGCAGGCUGCAAACAGCGCGGUGGACAAGGAGCUGUGGGAUGUGCUUUCUACGGUACGACAUAUUUUAGAGGCUUAGUAUUUUAUGGAUGAUUUUAAAUGCAGGGUAAGCACGUGGACUACUGUAUAGUAUAAAAAUAUGAAUAGAAAU